ACAAAACUCAGACGUACGGGAAUAACAAACCACAAGCACCAGCUAACUCGAGAUAGGAUAAGUUCAGGUUUCUUACAUAUAUACGAAAUGACACGACGAUGAAUAAUUAAACAAGAGACAACAAACCACUUAUCUUGCUUUAUGGCGCAGAUGCUUCGAACCUGCUUUGCAUAUCUUGGGCUUGUUGCUCCCGUUAAAUAGCCACAAAUCAGCCAUGAAAACAACACUUCCCAGUCAUCCGAUUUCCUCUCAACUCUAACAAAAGCCCAGCGAACCUCCACCCCAGCCAUGGCAACCACCCUCGCCACUGACGUUCGCCUCUCCAUUGCGCACCAAACCCGCUUUGCCUUCCGCCUCGCCUCCGCUAUCUCAUCCAACCCCGAGUCUACUAUCAACAAUGCCGCAUUCUCUCCGGUCUCCCUCCAUGUCGCGCUUAGCCUCAUCACCGCUGGCGCGGGGGGCGCCACCCGCAACCAACUCGCCACGACACUGGGAGAAGGCGAGGUUGAGGGACUCCACGCGCUUGCUGAGCAGGUGGUGCAGUUCGUGCUCGCCGACGCGUCCAGUGUCGGUGGUCCGCGCGUCGCCUUCGCCAACGGCGUUUUCGUGGACGCGUCGCUGCAGCUCAAGCCAUCCUUCCAGGAGCUCGCAGUGUGCAAGUACAAGGCCGAGGCCCAGUCCGUGGACUUCCAAACUAAGGCCGCAGAAGUUACUGCUCAAGUGAACUCAUGGGUAGAGAAAGUCACAACCGGUCUCAUCAAAGAUAUUCUCCCCGCAGGAUCUAUUGACAAUAACACUAGACUUGUUCUUGGCAAUGCCCUUUAUUUCAAAGGAGCUUGGACAGAUCAAUUUGAUCCACGUGGAACAGAAAUCGACUACUUCUACCUUCUUGAUGGGAGCUCAAUUCAAACACCAUUCAUGUACAGCUCAGAAAAACAAUACAUUUCUUCUUCUGAUGGCUUGAAGGUACUGAAGCUUCCUUACAAGCAAGGUGGGGACAAGAGGCAGUUCUCCAUGUACAUCCUUCUUCCAGAAGCACGAAGUGGUAUCUGGAGCUUGGCAGAAAAGUUGAGUGCCGAACCAGAGUUCCUGGAGCAGCAUAUCCCAAGGCAGAAGGUUGCACUCAGGCAAUUCAAGCUCCCCAAGUUCAAGAUAUCAUUUGGAAUUGAGGCAUCUGAUUUGCUCAAAGGUUUGGGUCUGCAACUGCCAUUCGGUGCUGAAGCAGAUCUUUCAGAAAUGGUGGAUUCCCCAAUGGCACAGAACCUCUACAUCUCAUCCAUUUUCCACAAAGCAUUUGUCGAAGUGAACGAAACAGGAACCGAGGCUGCAGCAACAACUAUUGCUAAAGCAGUCCUGCGACAAGCACGACCGCCCUCGGUCUUGGAUUUCAUCGCGGAUCAUCCUUUCCUCUUCCUUAUCCGGGAAGACACUUCCGGUGUGGUUCUAUUCAUCGGUCAUGUGGUCAAUCCCCUCCUAUCAUCAUAAUGUGCUUGCUCUGAAGUGUCUUGUCAUUUGCCUCAGCUGUUACAUGUAAGGGGAGGGUUUGGACAAUCAAGCAUGCUGCCCAUGCAAUAAAUCCAAUAAAAUGUUCUAUGCUUUUGAUGAA